AUGUAUAAAAUCUAUAAAUCUACUGUGGAAGAUAAACAUUUAGAUAUCUCACUAAUAGAGAGGGGACCAGAGGACCCAGGUAAGUGUCAAAUAGAAAAUAGUCUGACCACCUAUCACUUGUCAUGAAUACAGUGUGCUGUAGUGGUUAUAGUGUCUAUGUUUUCAUUUUAAUAUCCCCAGUCUUUGAUAUAGCUCAAUAAUGGUUCAUCACAGAUCAUAAUUAUGGGGGAGGUGGGGGAGAGGCGGUCAUAAAAUGAUAUCAACUACAUGCCCUUCUAUCUUGCAAAACAAUAAUUUGUAUUUACUAUAUUGUCAAAUAGCAUUACAUAAAUUAAAACUUAUUUCCUGGUGGUCCCGUGGGGGCUAUCAUCCCUGGUGAUCUAAAGGAGGUUAAUAAUGAAUCUCUGUUGGUCCCAUGAACCACUAGCGGGUGCAGAUCACUUUAAACACUUCCUUUGCUCUGCUGUGGCUCAGCAAGCAACACCAGGCACAGAUGUCAGGGCUCCCAGCCUACUCUCUGACUCAUCACUAAGCUCCAGACCAAAUGGUGUUAAGACAAUGAUCUGUAUCCUCUAGUAGUGCAGAUGGAUUUUCCCAGCAGUAAUUCAUAGCUAACCAUGAAUUAUUACCCCCACUGGACCACCUCUCUGCAAAAUGGUAAGCAGGAAAAAGGUAAAAAAAAAAUUAAGUUUAAAUGUAUUUUAUUUAACGGUAGAUUAGAUAUGGGAAAAGGAGGAUAUCACUAUACAGUCACCACACACACACCAUACUCAGCACCCCUCCAUACACAUUACACUCAGCCAACCUCCUCCAAAACACAUCAAACACAACCACUAACCAUAUACACACAACACUCAACCGACCUGACAGAUACUACACACAUCACAUUCAGGUGGUGGGGUCCACAGCCAAUUCGAGCAAGUUCCAAAUACCCAAGGUGUGCCUCUGAUAUAGAUACAUUUUCAUAUGCAUCAUCUACAGUGUUUGUGUAUACAUCAUGUUAUAUAUAGAGAGAGCCCAAAAUUCUGUUACAAAAUUUUUAGUAAAGCAUAUAAUAGCCAUUAGGCUGACCUAGACAAACAGAUGAAUACAGGUGUUUUUGAGAAUGCCACAAUUAUUAUGUCAAACUCCUGUGAUGAUUCAUUCAAAGGCAAAAGUUGUGAUUAUAAAAAUAUAUCAACACACACACACACACACACACACACACACACACACACACACACACACACACACACACAUAUAUGUGUCAGGACUAUGUAAAAAGAGUUUAAGUCAAAUGAUCUGGAACACUUUUUAAUGUCUCUUUCAUUUAUUAGGCAAAACCAGAACAAAGGAAAAAUACAGAGUUGUAUACACAGAUCAUCAGAGACUAGAACUUGAGAAAGAAUUCCUGUCCAACAGAUACAUCACAAUACGAAGGAAGUCUGAAAUUGCAAUAAGUCUGGGACUGUCAGACAGGCAGGUAUGGUGUGAAGUCCAUGAAUGCAUAUAUAUGAGAUAAUUCCACUCAAGGACAAUAAUUGUCUUUUUUCUUUGCCUGAUGGUAAAAUUUCUGAUAGUUUUGUGUUUGUUUUAAUUAAAAAAAAUGCACUAUAACUUCACCCUCUGUUUUUAUUUCAUUUCUCUGUGCAUUUUUUUCUGUUUUAGUUUAUGAAGGUUGAUGGCAAAUGUGCAGUGCAGACAUUAGCAGAAGUGAGCGCAAGUGAAUAGAAACUAGGCUUGUCCAAAAGUUAAAUUUCAGAUGUUUCAAAUGAAAUACCUUUUUAUCCGCACAUGGAUAAAUGAUCACAUGGGAUUUACCUAUUAAAUAAGACUCCACAAGUAAAUUCCAGAUGACCAAUUCAUCCUGUUGUGAAUUAAAAGGCAUUUAGACCUCUGGAAUUGCAAUUCUAUCAAACAAAUAUUUUUUCGAAAGACAGAAACUUUUUUGCAACACUCACCAAAUGUUGAUUAAGGAACCAAAUUCGAAGAACAAACAAAAAAAAGAGAUGAAAAUGAGCCAAUAUGUGUGCUGCUAACUAUAUACAUAAUAUAAUAUUUUGUAUCAUAUUUUACCACUUUUUGGUUCACAGAUCACAUGAGAAAAAAAAGCCAAUAGAAAGAAAAACAGAUGGAGCAAUAUAAAAACAUUUUUAUAUUACAUAUAUAAUUAAUAUAUAAUAGAAAAAUAAAGUAAAAACCAGGAGGAGUAAAAAAAAAAAAAAAAAGUAUUUUUAUAACGCAAUCUGAAAAUUCCUCCACCCUUCACCCCCUGCCUGAACAUGUUUGGCAUUUAGGUGAGUCUAUAAUUUUAAUAUAUAUUGGCUUCUGAAUUCAGGAAUUCUGCACAACACCUGAUCGGUCCAAAUUCCGCUGAAUUGUAGUUCAGUCCGAAACAAAUCUCCAAGUUUGCCACAAUAUUGCCAGUUCUAAGGUAUUACUUAGCAAGUAGGCUCUCACUUGUGUCAGAAUAUGUUCCAUUAUAUUCCUUACUUAAUCUACUCAACAAUGAGGAAUUUGCUACUGCCAUAUUAAAUUAUAUUAACAUUUUUAUACUGUGAAUGUAUCAAAGUAGCAUUUUUCACCUAAAACAUAAAAACUGUUAAUACACACCUAUAUUUUUUCUCAUCUUAAUAUUGUAGGUAAAAAUUUGGUUCCAGAAUCGACGUGCCAAGGAAAGAAAACUGAUUAAGAAAAUAGGACAGUUUGAUGGAAGUGUGGGCUCAGCCCAAAGUGACUCUGGAUCUGUCAGUCCAGCCAACAUGUCUGCAGGUUUAUAUCCUCAACCACUUGCAUUAAACGGAUUACAGUCAAUGAACAACAUGCUACAGGUUGCAGUAUCUCAGUAA